UGCAGAACUGCGCUCUCGCUCCCGCCGGAGAGACGAACACAAAGCCGACCGGAGCAGAAGCCAGCUCGGAGCGAGUCAGUCGGCACCAGAACCCGUGUGGAGGCAGUAGGCCCGACUUGGACUCCUCGUCGGACAUCUCCCCAAGAUUGUGUUGCAGAAACAGGACGAAUCGCCAUGACGACGGAGAUGCAAGAGAUCACCAUUACGGAGGACAAGCCGCUGCUCACUGGUCAGGCCGACUCCAGCAAGCAGGAUGCUGAGCUGGCAGCCAGGAUACUCCUGGACCAGGGCCAGGAGCACAGCGUUGAGACCCCUCACGGCGUCCUGCACGUGACGCUGCACGGCACACGGAACAGCCGCCGGCCCGCCAUCCUCACCUUCCACGACGUGGGCCUGGACAGCAAGAGCUGCUUCCAGCCGUUGUUCAAGUUUGACGAGAUGCAAGAGAUAGUCAAGAAUUUUACGCUGAUCCACAUCGACGCUCCGGGCCAAGAGGACGGGGCGGCUGUUUACCCGGCAGGGUAUCAGUACCUGUCCAUGGAGACCAUCGCGGAGAUGAUUCCUGCCGUCCUGCAGUUCUUCAACUUCCGUACCGUGAUCGGCGUGGGCGUGGGCGCCGGGGCGUACAUCUUGACCAGAUUCACGCUCGCUAACCCAGAUUCUGUGGAGGGUCUGGUUCUGGUCAACAUCGACCCAAACGCCCGGGGGUGGAUGGACUGGGCGGCUCAAAAGCUCAGCUCUGUGACGUCAUCGCUCACCGAACAGAUCAUGUCCCACCUCUUCAGCCAGGAGGAGCUGUCAUCCAACACAGAUGUGGUGCAGUCUCACAGGGAGCGCAUCAACAAAGCGCCUCACCUGCUCAACAUAGAGCUCUUCUGGAAGACCUACAACAGCCGCAGAGAUUUGAACCUGGAUCGCAGCAGCACCUUCAAGUGUCCGGUCAUGUUAGUGGUGGGGGAUCAAGCGCCGUACGAGGACGCCGCCGUAAGUGUAGCGAGCGUCGAGCUGCCUCUCGUUCUUCCUCAGCCUGCUUGCCAUCCUCACCGCUGCUUCUCGUUGUGUGUCCGACAGGUGGAAUGCAAUAGCAAACUGGACCCUACCUCCACCUCCUUCCUGAAGAUGGCGGACGCGGGUGGCCUCCCCCAGCUCACGCAGCCUGCGAAAUUGACCGAGGCGUUCAAGUACUUCAUCCAGGGAAUGGGCUACAUGGCCUCGUCUUGCAUGACACGCCUGUCCCGCUCGCGCACCACCUCCCUCUCGUCCUCGUACUCGGUGGAAGGCUCUCGCUCGCGCUCGCGCACGCUGUCCCAGGGCUCGCAGGGGGGGCAGAUGCCGCCCAGCCCCUCGCAGACCAUGGAGGUGUCCUGCUGAAGAGAAAGCGGACGAGGACGGGGGAAGUAAGCCGAGAGAAAUGGAAAAAAAAAAGGUCGAGACCAACAGGUUCCCGUAAUUGUCACUGCAACUCCCAUCAUUCCCCAGCAGAGGAGAGGAAAAAAGGCGCAAAGGGAAAAGGGGGAAAUAUCUUUUGUCCCAAUCCUUGCAUCCCCGCUGUCCGAAAGGAAAGAAAAGGUUCUUUUUGACUAGAGGGAGGAGAACACAACAUGGCACCCCCCAGCUCUGUUGUUAGCCCUUUCAUUUAGCACAUGUGGUCGCUAGAGGCCCUAACCUAUAGUAAUAGUUCUAAAAAGAAGCUGACGACUGAUGUGUUGUGCACAAAAGGUAGACUUUAGCAAAGAUCGUGUGUCUUGACAACCGUCCAAGCUACUUUUUCUUUUCGCCUCCUUAACCCAUUUUACGUUUGCAUAUUUGUACUGUCGUUGCGUCUUCCAGCCUCCGUUUGCCGUUUUGUGUUACCAUCCCGGGAGGCGGACGGGAAGCUUUUCUAUUUUGGUUGUCUUUCUUAGGCCGCUCGGUCGUCCAAUGACUACUUUUUACGCGAGUGCAUGCGAUGUCGGAAAGCAAAUGGGAGGACGCCGUGUCGCUUGAUGAGUGCUUCCGGUCUCCACACCGCAUCCGGGACGCACGGUGACGUCGCUUCGUAGCACGCUAGCGCGUUCAGAAGGGAUCGCUGUGUUAUCUUCCGUGUUGUAAGCUCUCGUAAACCUCAGAUACCUCGUCACGAAAGCCAGCCGCCAUACUCGAGUUGGUGUGCGCCCAAAGCAACGCCACACAGGAAAGUCCAGAAAGUGCCGUCCCGCAAAAACGUCACUGCCAGCCGUGCGACGAGACACUUUGGAAAUGUCAACGAUAAUCAGUUUGAAUUUUAGAUCGGUUCUACAUUUGAAUCCUUUCUCGCGUGCAACUGGAGUCAAAAUGUCUGCAGUGUCAUGAGUUGAAGUUGAAACCUUCCUAUUUUUUUUGCGGUAAACAAAAGCUAAUCACUGCCAGGAGCACCUCGAGCAGUGUUUUCCACAAACUCACGAGGGCCAAACCCGACAGCCAAUUAGUGCUGGUAUCAUAAAGAUUAUGCUUUGAGGAAGAAAUGCAAGUUCUGUUGAAGAUGUCAGACAAAGUGAAGAAUCAAUGUGAGGAGUCAAAGAUGGAUGUGUGACGUUUUAUCCAUUUUCUUUUCCUCGUUGUGUGUCAUCUUUGCGUGGAACUUUCCCCAAAUGCUUACUUAUUAGUCCACCGCAUGAUUUUUCACUUGUAACUAUUAUUUUUAUUUUUUUGCAUUAGCGAGACUCAUGUAAUAAUCUCUGAAAAAGAAAAUGCAAUCCCAGUAAUUUGUGUGGCAAAAAUAAGUGUGUAACACGUACUGUAAUGAGAAUACUGAAUAAAAACUUACAAACA